AAGAAUGCCACGUCCAACUCUUUUCUUGAAUCUCUCAAAUUUACAAGCAAUCAAUUCAACAUCGAGCCCCGCCUUAAAUGGGAACAAACCUCACUUAACUCCAUUUGGACACUGCUCCUUCUCGUUAUUUAAUCAAUCAUCAUUUUUAGCAUCCAAAUCUAACAUCAAAUGCAAAAUCCCACAAGACCCAUUUCUCUAAAUUUAUCAUCUCCAUCAUCAUCAUAUCAAUUUCUAGAUUAUAAUCAGAGGAUUCAUCAAUGGAUCCUCUAGGGCCACCAUCACAACCUCAAGGCUUAUUUGUUAGUCCACUACUCGUUUCUUUAUCAAUUGUUGGUUGCGUAUCUAUGAUUAUAGCUGCGUACCAUCUUCUACUAGUUAGAUUUUGCAUCAGAAGAAGAAGAUCAAUCACCACUAACGAUUCUUUCACUAUUCCAGUGCAAGAAAUGAGAACAGGAGUAGAAGAAGAUGUCCUAAAAGCAAUCCCGAUUCUUCUCUACUCGAAAGUUGAUCAUGAUCAAACAGAAUGCGUUAUUUGUUUAGGCGAACUUGAAGAUGGUGACAAGGUACGUUCAUUGCCUAAUUGUGGACAUGUUUUUCAUGUCCCAUGCAUUGAUGGUUGGCUUUCAGCUCAUACAAACUGCCCAAUUUGUAGAGCACCGAUAGUUUCUUCUCCUCCUCCUCCUGCUGCAGCUGCUUCUACACCUAACAGCGAUCACCAUAUUACUUCUGUUUUACGAGAAUCGCCAUCUAUUAAUAUUGGUAGAAGAGAAAGAAAUACUCAGAAUUUAGCACAGUUUCUUGAACAAGGAGAUGAAGAUGGUACCAGCACCAGUACUGGUAUUAGUACUAAUAGUGUCAAUGCAUCUACUGCAGCUGCUGCUGCUUCAUUGCAAUCAACAAGAAAGUUGCUACAUAGUUUAUCACUAGUUUUACCUGUGGAAGGGAAGCAACAAAGCUUCACGAAGUUGAAGAGAUCUUUAUCAAUGGAUCAAUGUUUUGUUAUUAUCGAUAUACAAGCAGAGAGUGAUGAUCAUGAAAAGGCUUCUUCUUCUUGUUCUUCUUCUGCAUCUUCUUCUUCACCAUCUAAAUGUGAUUCUUCUUUGAAGGGCAUUUCUGUGGAAAAUAGAACAUAUAGAGCAAUAUCUAUGAGGCAGUUAGAUCGAGUUUCUUCAAGAUUAUUGAGAUCUUUCUCUCAAAUAAGGUUUGGCCAAAGUGCUGUGACUAGUCAUGAUACUCUUCCUUGUUAAGAUCUUUGUGUAGAUCUCUUCUUGUUUCUUGUUUCUUUUUCUUUUCUGUCUAGGUCAUGCAUGGUUAAUAAAUCUUUUGCUUUAGGAUAGCCUGAAUUAUUUCAUGUAUUGAUUCCAAUUUCAUAUUCAUUUCAUAGAUCCUUUAUAUAUUCUAACAAGACAGUAUCAACUCAAGUUGAUCAUCUGUAGGUUCCAUAUAAUUGUUAUUAUAUUAGAUGGUUCUUCUGUU